UAAAUGAAAAGUCGUGCGGUCUAGAGAGAGGAGUGCUAAAGCGGAAGGGAAAACCCUAACCACCUUCUAUUUUCUUUUCUUCUCUUCCUUCAAUUGUUUUGGCUUCAAUUAUGAAAAAGAUUCAUUUGAUAACUAUUUUCAGUUCUAUUUAUAAAUUAAUUUCCUAGCGUUAUCUAGAGAUGUUAUUUUCGGUAACGAGUUGUCGUCUACCAGAUGUAUAUUCCUCGUCAUCGGUCGGGUGUUCUUGUGUGCUAGUAAUAGAUUUCUAGCGACUUCUUCAUCAAUCAUAAAUCUGGAUUUCUUCUGCAUCAAUAUUGAGACCGAUCGCCCCCUCCUAAACCACCAACGAUCCAGGAAGAUGGGAUUGCAUGGAUUGCUUUCUUUCCAGUGGCAGGUGAAACCGAAACAAAUUUGGUACUUGGCUCCUUAUCGGUGGCUUGCAGAACCAGGAAAUUUAGUAGUUCCUUGUUGGUGGCUGGUCAAACCGGAUCCAUUUUGAGUAGCAUGAGCAGUCCUAUUGCGAGCCAAGGGGGAUCAACCUGUGAUGAACGUUCUCAAGAAUUCAGCUCUGUCAUCUAUUAUGGCAGUAGGAAACGGCGAAGAUAAUUCUUCACCAAAAAUCGACCAUAUGUCCCAACUCUUCCUGGGAACACAAGAUAGGUCGGCCAAUUUCAUAACGACCGUACAUGGGAUGGGGCAGAAUCUUGAAAACCGAUCUGAAUUCAUGGGUUUGUCGUUGCGAACUGAGAAGCGCAGCAUGGGUCAGAUGGUGCAGGGGACAAAUCAACCCGACAAAAUUGAACUGAUGAACGAUAGUGGAAGAAUUGGGUACAAAGAUGGAAUAGCCGGGCAUGGUCAUGAGAGUGUCCGAAUUCAUGCUUCCGCGGUGGAGUCUUCUUCUUGUGGAACAUAUGCCGUAGUGGAACAAAUGGAAGGGCAAGGCCUUCCAGGCUUGAAACCCGAACAGUGGCAGGCCCUUUUGGCAACUUUUGGUAAACCUAACUCUAUUAAUAAUGGAGUAUCCGGUAAAUUUGAUGUUUUUUCAUGGAUAAUUGAUACAGGAGCAUCUAAUCAUGUGACCGGGAAUCUUUCUUGCUUAAGUGAUGUCCAGGAUAUUAAUCCGUGUUCAGUUGGAUUACCAAAUGGUCAAAAAGUAAUAGCUGCUAAAGAGGGAUAUGUCCACUUGUCUGAAUCAAUAUGCUUAUCUCAUGUUCUAUUUGUUCCAAAAUUAAACUGCAGCCUUAUUUCAGUGUCCCAACUUGCAGAAGACCUUGAUUGUUUUAUUCAAUUCACUGCUAAUAUUUGUGCUAUUCAAGAUGGGAACUCGAGAAGACUGAUUGGAGCGGGUGAGCGGAGGAAUGGACUCUAUUAUUUUCAGGAUGUCUCUCGUACUCAAAUUUUUGGUGUUCAGAAAGGAACUGAUCACGUGACCACUUGGCAUAAGCGGAUGGGACAUCCUUCAGAAACAGUUAUGAAAUGGCUCCGACCUGUAUUGAUGCAUAUAAGAGAUCAUGUGGAGAUUCC